GUUAGAUCGACAGAGAAAGCCAGCGAGUGUGGAGUGCGUAUCACAUAUUUCCUGAGUUUUGUUCCAACCACAUCGGUAAAACUUUGUUGUGGCCAAGAGGCAGUGACUAAGACUUGCCCAGACUCGAACACCACACCCUUGUGAAUCAUCGUUGUCGGCAAACAGCGGUUUUUCUCCCCGACGCAUGGCUCUGAAGAUGGAAACGUCAUUUUACCACGACUCCGAGCUGCACUCGAUGCCGCAGUCCAAGUACGCGAACCCGGGCUACUCCCGUAUCCCCGAUACCAAGCCCAACGUCGCACCACAAGACAUGAGAAAAUCUCUAACACUGGAUUUCCAAAAUACGAGCAAGAAGCCGCAUCUCCAGAAUAUUCUGGGAACUCCUGAGCUAAAUCUUCUGAAGCUUGGUUCACCGGAGUUGGAGCGGCUGAUCAUUCAGUCCAACGGGCUCGUCACAACCACCCCGACCCCCACCCAGUUCAUCUUCCCGAAGAAUGUCACCGACGAGCAGGAGCAGUAUGCGGCCGGCUUCGUAGCGGCACUGGAGAGGCUUCACCGCGAUGAGAUGGUCGAUCCAAGCGGUAGCCAGCCGUGCGCGCAGAUGGCGACCAACUCCACCGCGACUGCCUCAACGUCGUACCCGGGCGCCCCUCCACCCUUGUCCCACCAGCCGACCUACCAUACGCUAACUGCCAUGUCCACCACGACGGCACUUCCGGGUUCGACUGUCGAGCAUCAUCCAACCCCCACUACAGCCGCAAACACCAACGCAGCCUGCUCUAGCUCCAGCACGGCACCUCUCCAACACCACACCCUAAGCAGGCCGAUCAAGGAAGAACCACAGACGGUGCCACACCAAGCUAUGACCGCCCUCCCCACCGGUCCCAUCGACAUGGAGACACAAGAGUUGAUCAAGGCCGAGCGCAAGCGAUUGCGCAACCGAAUCGCCGCUUCCAAGUGCCGCAAGAGGAAGCUUGAGCGCAUCAGUCGCCUGGAGUCCAAAGUCAAGGACUUGAAAACACAAAACACCGAUCUUUCCACCACAGCAAACCAGCUUCGCGAACAAGUCUGUCAACUCAAGCAGAAAGUCAUGGAACACGUGAACUCUGGCUGCCAAGUCAUGCUAACACAGCAACUAUCCUUCAACUAGAGACUUUUCUUCCGACGGAUUACAAAAUAACACUUUCGCGAACUGACAAUACGACUGGACAGUAUUACCAUGUUAUUUAUAUACCGUGAGACUCUUGUACUGCGAAAGGAACAUUGUUUGAGUUCGUAAGUUGCUGUGCAUCUUAUGUAUGUGAUGACUGAAGUUUUGUUAUGAUAACAAUAAUGAUUGAUAAUAAUAAUAACGCCUCGGCUGGAUCGUUGAGCGUGAAAGCCUACAGGUUAAAGCCAGUGCAUUGUGUGCAAGUCGCUUCUCUGUCAAGGCAUUUAUAUUGUUAUAAGGUUACUAUUAGCAAAAGGUGAAAAAAUUGGCACGUCGGCUUGCCGACUGAUACGAAAAUAUAUGCACCCUUUUUCUACAAAUGGGGAAUUGUAAUGUACAUAUUUUGUUACUUGGUUGAUGAUAACGUUAGUGUUUUCGAGCUUUUGUAAACUCGAAAAAAAGUUAUUUGGUGAAUCCUACGCUUAGCGACAGCGUCGUUACAGCAUUGUGAAAUUAUUUAUACCAAAGAAGUCUUUUUUUACAAGUUGUAAUUAAAAUGAUGAAAUCACGUA